AUGAGGAGAAUUGAAUUGUCCCCUUUGAACUCACAGUUCUCAAAGAGGAGUGACCCAGCCAUGAAGCAGUUUCUGCUGUAUUUGGAUGAGUCAAAUGCCCUUGGGAAGAAGUUCAUCAUCCAAGACAUCGAUGACACACACGUCUUCGUGAUAGCAGAGUUAGUGACUGUCCUCCAGGAGCGAGUUGGGGAACUGAUGGACCAGAAUGCUUUUUCUCUCACCCAAAAGUGA